UCCGGCCGCGGGCGGGGAACAGCCUGCAGCUGGCGGGGGCGGGCGCGCGCCGGGGCUCGGUGCAGGCCCAGCCCCGGGAGGGGCCCAGCUGACUCCGCCCCCGGCCAGGAAGUGACUCAAAAAACUGUUCGUGAUGUGGGGAAGAGAGGUCUCCGUUGGGUGAGGAAUCGGGAAGGCCCGCCCAGAUUCGGGCCCCCCGCCCUUCUUCCCUGGGCCGGGGGCGCGGGCGAAGCUGGGGCCGGCGGGCACCGAGCGGCGCCGGCGGGACUGAGGCCGCAGCGGGCGGCGAGGCGGGGCUGGGCGGCCAAGGAGCCAUGCCUACCUGGGGGGCUGGCUCCCCGUCCCCUGACCGUUUUGCGGUGUCUGCGGAGGCCGAGGACAAGGUGCGGGAACAGCAACCCCACGUGGAGCGCAUCUUCAGGGUGGGGAUGAGCGUCCUCCCGAAGGACUGUCCUGAGAACCCUCACAUCUGGCUGCAGCUGGAGGGCCCCAAGGAGAACGCCAGCAGAGCCAAGGAGUACCUGAAGGGUCUCUGCAGCCCAGAGCUACAGAAUGAAAUUCACUACCCACCCAAACUGCACUGCAUCUUUCUGGGAGCCCAGGGCUUCUUCCUUGAUUGCCUGACUUGGAGCACAUCAGCCCACCUGGUGCCGGGGGCGCCCGGCUCGCUGAUGGUCAGCGGCCUGACCGAGGCCUUUGUCAUGGUCCAGAGCCGAGUGGAGGAGCUGGUGGAGCGCCUGAGCUGGGACUUUCGGCUGGGGCCAUCCCCUGGAACCUCUCAGUGUGCUGGAGUGCUGAGAGAAUUCUCUUCUCUGCUGCAGUCCCGGGGGGAUGCCCACACAGAGGCCCUGCUGCAGCUGCCCCUUGCUGUCCAGGAAGAACUGCUGAGCCUGGUGCAAGAGGCAUCCAGGGGGCAGGGGCCCCAAGCAUUCCCGUCCUGGGAGUGGGGGAGCCCAGGUCUGCUGGGUGCUCAGCACCAGGGAGUCAGGAGUCCCCUUAGUGACGGCAGGGAGUCUCUGGACACAGGACCUGCAGGGUGGCAAGAGUCAAGGGGAGAGAGACGUGCUAUGGAGAAGGAGGGGACAAAGCACGGUGGUCCCAGGGAGAUGGAUUUGGGGUGGAAGGAGUGGCCCGGGGAAGAGGCCUGGGAGAGACAAGUGGCCUUCAGGCCACAGUCAGGAGAAGGAGAGGCAGGGCAGGCAGUGCCUCUGAAAGGGAAGGCCCUGGGGAAGGAGGGGGUGCCUCAGGAAAGAGGAAGGUUCUGGGUCCAGGGCGAGCCUCCUGGCACCCAGGGCCCCUGUCAGAAGGCAGCUCAGCCCCGGGGAGCCUCCCUCCUGCAGCGGCUCCAUAAUGGGGAAGCCUCACCUCCAAGAGUGCCCAGCCCCCCACCAGCGCCUGAACCCCCUUGGCACUGCGGAGAUCGAGGGGACAGAGGAGACAGGGCAGACAAGCAGCAGGUUGUGGCUCGAGGUCGGGGGUCUCCGUGGAAACGAGGCACCCGGGGGGGUAAUUUGGUGACUGGCACGCAGCGUUUCCAGGAGGCCCUCCAGGACCCUUUCACCCUGUGCCUUGCCAACGUGCCGGGCAAGCCAGACCUCCGCCAUAUUGUCAUCGAUGGCAGCAACGUGGCCAUGGUGCACGGCCUCCAGCACUACUUCUCCAGCCGGGGCAUUGCCAUUGCUGUGCAGUACUUCUGGGACCGUGGCCACCGCGACAUAACUGUCUUUGUGCCUCAGUGGCGUUUCAGUAGGGACUCCAAGGUCAGAGAGGGUCACUUCCUGCACAAGCUGUAUUCCCUCAGCCUGCUCUCCCUCACUCCCUCCCGGGUCUUGGAUGGCAAGAGGAUCUCUUCCUAUGACGACAGGUUCAUGGUGAAGCUGGCUGAAGAGACCGAUGGGAUCAUUGUCUCCAAUGACCAGUUCCGGGACCUGGCAGAGGAGUCUGAGAAGUGGAUGGCAAUCAUUAGAGAGCGCCUGCUGCCCUUCACCUUCGUGGGAAACCUCUUCAUGGUGCCUGAUGACCCAUUGGGGCGAAAUGGCCCUACACUGGAUGAGUUCCUGAAGAAGCCGGUCAGAGCCCAGGGGUCUUCUAAGGCUCAGCAUUCUGCCAGGGGCUUCACAGAACACAGUAAUCAGCAGCAGGGGAGAAAAGAAGAGGAAAAAGGCAGUGGUGGCAUUCGGAAGACGCGGGAGACAGAGCGGCUCCGGCGCCAACUGCUGGAGGUGUUUUGGGGCCAGGAUCACAAGGUGGACUUCAUCCUGCAGCGGGAGCCGUACUGCCGGGACAUCAACCAGCUCUCUGAGGCCCUGCUCAGUCUCAACUUUUGAGCCUCACCUGUCUUAGGGACUGCCACCCCGUCAGCUCCAGCCUCAUCCAGCUCAGCGCAUUCUGUGAGGGUCCCUCUGCUGCUCAGACCCUGACCCAGUCUCACCCUGAGUUGGUGCUUUGUGUCAGGGAAGCACCAAGGAAGCGCAUUCGUGUGUGGGGAAUGCUCUUGCCUGGGGCACUUUGGGGACAGGUCUGUAAGGUGACCUGAUCUCAUCUUGAGUCAGGACCUCAACCAGCUCUCAGGAGGUUCUGCUCAGCUAACUUCUUAACCUUGCCUUAUGCAGGGUUUCUCUAGGGAAUGGGGGCUGCUGGGAAGGGUGGGUCACGGAGAUGGGGACUGUCGGCCCCUCCUCCACGCUGUGCUGGGGAUGGAGGCUAGGGUGGGUGAGAGGGGAAUGUAGAAUAGGUGGCCAGGAAGCUAAGCCUUUCCUCCUCCUGGCUGCUGCUCUGAUGGCCAGAGAACAGGACGAGUCCCAGGCCUGGCUGGGCUCCUGGGCGCAUCAAAGGGAAUGCUGGGCCCUGGAAAGGCUAGUGUUAUGGGCUCUGGGUCACAGUGGGGCAGCAGGGAUCUGGUGGAGAAGGCAGAGGGAGAGUUGGCUUCUGGUCUCAGCUAUGCCUGCCUGUGACCUUGAUUGAUCUUGGUCUUUACUUCCGCCUACAAGUCAGGGGUAAAAAUGCCUGUUGGGAGGAGAGAUGAGAACGUGGAGGAAAGCUCCUUGGAGGAAAGGUACUUGGACCAAGCCUCAGGUGUGUCUGUCUGUGGUUGCACAGGCUUCCUAACCAAAACCUCACUUUCAGAGAGCUGAGGGUCCUCUGUCCCCAGGACCUGUGCCCUAGAUUUUUUACAUUGCAUCAGUAUAACGUGCCCUAUAAUGGCUGCGUCCCUUUUGGGCAACCCCCCCCAAAUCCACAUUUACAAAACAGUUAAUUAGGGGUGACUUUGCAUUACCAGAAAACUCUCAGGGUUCCUUCCUAUCAAUGGCAGCUCUCCUGUUGCAUUCAGGAGUUUGUUUACAGUUGAACGAAUGUGUCAGAAAGUCCGCAGUCCCCGGUUAAUGCACUUGCUCGAGCGUUGAGCAGUCACCAAACCAAUGAAGCCAUGUUCUGCGAGGAAAACGUUCAUGUGACCUGACCCUGGCAUCUUCUUUACAGAACAUAUAUGUUGCAUAAAGCGAGACCCACUUCUGCUCUGUGUGUGCGUGUAUGCGGAUGGGAGGGUUUAUAGAGUUUGUAUGUAGAGGAACCAAUCUGGAAAACGAAAAUUGAAGAAUCAGAGUCAGAAGGUACUUGACUGGCCACCAGACCAGCUGCUGUCACCUCAGGACAUUCUCUUUCCUCCUUGAUUCCUACAGGUCAUUGUCCUGUAUCUGCUUGAAGUCCUCCUGUACCAGGGAAUUUACUACCUCCGAGGCAGCACAUCCAUCCAUGGACAGUACUAGCCAGUCCUUCCUUUAGUGCAUCCCCAAAUAUGCUUUUCUGUUACUUCUACCUUUGAGGCCAGUCAUUCCCUCAGGAACAGUACAGAGCCAGUCAACUUCCUAAAGAGUCCAAAACCAGAUAAAGAAGUUAAGACAGGUGUUCCUGGAUUCUGUGCUGUCUGGGCCCUGCAGCAAGUCCCUGGACAUGGCCCUCUUUUUAGGCUGAUUUCUGUUCCCUGAGUGGCACAGGGAGUUGAAAUCACCCCAGAUCCUUGUAUCAGCAACUAGCAUGCGGAGCUGAAUGAUGAUGGAGAGGGUCCUAGGGUCCCAGUGUCUUUGCCCCUCCCCAUUGGUGAGAUCCACCACUACACUGCACUGAGCUGGGCUGGGGGCAGGCGAGUUGGAGAGGCUAGUCGGGGUGGUAACAGUGAUUCAAAGACAACCCAUAGUCCCCUCAGAAGAAAGGAGAUUGGUUAAUAUGGCCUGAAUUGGGGGGUAGGGGAACUGCUUCUGGUCAAACUGUGGCAGAAACCAGGGUCGAUAAAAAGGGAGAGGCUCCUUGAUGAAUACUUGGGACUCUUUUUCCCUGAAAGGAUUGAGUUUGUAGCUUUUGAUAGGUUCCUUGUACCUUUCACUUUCAAUGCUGGUGGGUAUGCAGUGGGCUCGAAGUAUCUUCUGCCCCUUUGUGCUAGGGAUCCUGGUUGACUGAAGUGGCCCCAGUCAGAUGAGAGGCAAGUCCUUAUCUUUUGACAGUCCUAAGCUUUGCACAGCUUUGUCCUGCUGCAGCCUGAUGAACUGGGGCCAGUGUGUGAUUGCUUUAUCAAUUCAUUGCUGUUCAGUGACAGACUGAAGGCUGUCCUGGACUUGGGCCUUGUCCCUUCCUCUGCUGGCAUCCUAAUGGCACUGUGUGAAACAAGUAUGCAGGGUGACCACAGAGCCCACUGGAAAUGGAUCACCAUUCUUUUUGCCUCUACCUUUGUCAUAACCUCGUGCCUCAAAUUUGUUGCCAGCUCUUUUGGCAAUGGAGGGACCAAGAAGGGAGAUGUUGCACAUUAUAACUUUCAAAACCCCGUGUAAAGUAAAGGGUCUUCUAGGAUGGCACUCCUUGAAAUAAAUUUCAGAACCUAGGCCAAAGA